ACUACUCGAUCAACGUAGUACCCCUAUAAAUUUCCAGUCAUCCUAUCAGUACACACACACACACCGGUAGGACACAGUACACACACACACCACUUCCUCUUCUUCGGAGAUCAUCAGUUGAUACGAUCGAUAUGGCGGCGGCGGCGGCGUCUCUGGUGAUCCGUCUCUCGGCGCUCGCCGUCGUGCUCGUCGUCCUCUGCCCGACGGCGUCCGCGGUGCCGCUGGGGAAGCGGUACAGGGUCGGCGGCCCUGAAGGGUGGCGCGUGCCCCCGCCGCAGGACAAGGAGAUGUUCUACGUCAAGUGGGCGGCCCCCAUAACCUUCUUCGUCGAGGACUCUAUCGAGUUCGUGUACAAGAACGACUCGGUGAUCAAGGUGAGCAAGGCCGGAUACUAUCACUGCAACGAGACGGCGGGCAUCGGCACCGGCGCCGUGCCGAGGGACGGCAGCACGCUCUUCCUCCUCGACGCGCCAGGCUUCGCCUACUUCGCCAGCGCCGACCUCGGACACUGCAACGCCGGCGAGAGGCUGGUAAUUAACGUCCGCGCUGCCUCCCCGCCGGCGCCGGCAUCAGCAUCAUCGCCGGCACAGCCCCCCACGGCACCGUCGUCUUCACGACCGCCGUCGUCAUCGCCGUUCUCUCCGGCGCCAGGUCCGGCCCCGUCGAUGGAGUAUUCAUCCGCCGCGGGUGGGCCAUUCGUGGCGUCCCUCGCUCGCGCCAUGGCACAAGCUGUGACAUUGGUCCUGGCCUGCUUUAUCUGAGCAAGCCUAAGUAGGUUACGUAAUUUGUUAGUCAGUUAAUUAGUGUGUGAUGUGCGUGUCAUAAUCAGGGACCGUUCGAUUUAGUAUCACAGUUCGUUUUGAUGUAUCGUGCGCCGUCUUCUCAUGUGUCAGUAACAACAACUAUAUUUUUAUAUGCUUGUGUCUCCUUCGAUUAAGAAACUAUAAAUGCUGGGUGAAAAUGUUAGUACAA